CUCCAUCGAUGGCUGCCUUCAUCCCUUUCAAGCUAUCCUUACUCUUGAGUCUGCUCUCAAACAUUGGUUUCCUGCCAGAAACCAGCAAGAACAAUGUUGGGAUAUUUCCUCCAACGUGUAAUCGGAUCGAGUGCCCUAGUUUCGAUGUGAUUCAACAAGGCAAUGGCUAUGAGAUUCGUAGGUACAAUUCCAGUGUGUGGAUGUCAACUUCUCCUAUUCAGGAUAUUUCUCUAGUUGAGGCCACCAGGACUGGCUUUCUUCAGCUAUUUGACUACAUUCAAGGGAAGAACAAGUACAAGCAGCAGAUAGAAAUGACAGGUCCAGUGAUCACUGAAGUUUUACCAAGCGAUGGACCCUUCUGUGAGUCAUCAUUUACCGUCAGCUUUUAUGUCCCAAAGGUGAACCAGGCGAAUCCGCCGCCAGCUGAUGGCCUCCAUCUCCAAAGAUGGAAAUCGGCAUAUGUAGCAAUAAGGCAAUUCGGGGGAUUUGUUACAGAUUAUAACAUUGCAGAGGAAGCUGCUGCUUUGCAAGCCAGUCUUGAAGGCACUGUUUGGUCUGCUGCAAUCGACAAGACCCGGAAAGAUGAUGCCACUUCGGUUUAUACUGUUGCUCAGUACAACUCUCCUUUUGAAUUUAGUGGCAGGGUGAAUGAGAUUUGGAUGUUGUUUGAUUUGGAAGAUGAGUUCUUGCCUGUUUAAGUUUAAAAUAACUCGGCUAGCUUCCCAGAACUACAAGUUACAGGACAGUAAUGGAAAAUAUUAUGUAUGCUCUAAAUCUCUUAAGUUUGUAUGAGAAAAUGAGGGUCUCUAUCUAACAUGCAGCAUGGAAAAAU